GGCCUCCACCGGCCAGGCCAGGUCAAAACUUACUUAUGAACCCCAUGUUGAGCCGAAACGUCUUGGUCCCCACCACCAUCUGCUAGUCAGAUAUUCUCUUUCAUAACACCAUCUGCCUCGGACCGAUCUACCUUUAGGAAUGUGCUCUACACCUCGGAAACCUAGGUUCGCUGAGCCGCGACAUUUUGAAUACCACCGCGAGUUGAAAAGAUGGAGUUGUACCAUGUGCACGCCGAGCCUAGUGGACGCGGAGAAUAACAGCAUGACUGUUCAAGAAGCUCUAAAACACGAGAAGACACUCAAACACAAAGAGAACGUGCAUGCUCGGGAGGUAUGGAACGAGCCACCCGAAGUUAAUGACUGGAUAAAUGGAGAUGGGGAACUCGUUGAGGGCCGGGUGACGGGGUCGACGCAGUAUGUCGACCACCAAGGCGACUUCAUUCCGUUCUGGCAAAAAUCAAUUGAAGCCGCUGAACAUGGCGUAACACUACGAUUUGAGAAAUACUUCAGCAUGCUUAAGGAGAAAAGAGAAGAGGAGAACUGUUGGAACGUCGAGCUCCCGUCUUGGGCUGUAGAGCCCCUGGAACGGGUGGACGAUAAAGAUCGUUCAUUCGCGUCGGAUCGUCGACGUUCGUCGAUAUCUGACCAUGGACUUAAUCCCGACGAAUUAAUUAAAGAAGUUGCGGAGAGCUAUCGUUUGAGCUCUGAGCGAAAGGAUCGCUUGUGCGCUUUUUGUAAAAUGCCUACGAAUGAAAAGGUGAGGCAUAUUAACGAGCUUAUUGAUGCACUACGCGGAUCGCACGUUUCUGCGCCGAUUCAACGCGGAAGAGGGGGGUUGGCUAUUUAAAUCUUCAUCCGUUGAUGGACUUCUUAACACAAAGCCAAUGCGUCUCCUUUGUAACGACUUGUUCAUGUGUAUGAUUCCAACGAAUUCUUU